UUGAAUCUGGGUGAAAAAAAAAAUCACUCCUGCACUUCAGCGCUGAGUUUUAAACCGAGAGCGAUCGUUGAAAGGAUCUCACUCGUUAAACGCGGCUAAUAAAAGCACAAAACGCAGAACAAGUUUAGAUGGUCUUCGGGUGAAUGGGAAGGAACAGAACAUAUUUACGGAUUAUAAUCGUGGAUGAACUGAUGUUGUCUAAAUGCGUCUCCUCGUCAAUGAUCAGAACACAAUGUCCAGCUAUUCUAGCAACUUUCUGCUAGUUCCUAUCCCAGAGUAUCCAGUGCUGGACUGCGUACCCAACAAAAAUGUCAAGAUUGUUGUUUUGGGUGCAAGCAGUGUUGGAAAAACAGCUCUAAUUGUGAGAUUUCUUACCAAACGAUUCAUAGGAGACUAUGAAGCAAAUACCGGAGCCCUGUAUUCAAGAAAAAUCAACAUAGAUGGAGAGCAGGUGUCUUUACAAGUGCAAGACACUCCCUGUGUCUCACUUCAGGAGGAUACCGAAGUCCUCAGUUGCCAGGAACAAAUCAACCGCGCCAUCUACUGGGCUGAUGGCUAUGUCUUUGUCUACUCCAUCACGGACCACAGCAGCUACAGAACAAUCAAACCACUCUACCAGCACGUACGCAAGAUCCACCCCAGCGGCAACAUACCCAUCAUCUUAGUGGGCAACAAAACAGACCUGCUGCGGGCACGGCAAGUGGCCACCAACGAGGGGGCCCGGCUAGCCAACGAACUGGGGGGCGCGCACUUUGAGGCGUCCGCCAGGGAGAACUACGACGGCGUGUCGGACGCCUUCCAUCACAUGUGCCUGGAGGUGAGUCGGGCCAUUGGCAGCAGCAACGGAGAGAAGAGGAGAGGGCUGCACCUGGUCAGGCCCAAAUCACCCAACAUGCAGGAUCUUAAAAGACGCUUCAGGCAAGUCCUGUCCUCCAAAGCGAAAUCAUCCAACACCUCACUUUGACCAACUCUUCCCUCUUUUAGGAACUACAACUCAUAGAGCACUUUUUGAAGAUUUGAUGGAUUUUUGGAUGUAGGGGCCGUAAUGGAGUAAUCAAAUACAUUGUCAUUUGGAAUUACCUAACAUAGAUAUUGUGUAGCCAUUGUUGACCAGGAUUGUUUCAUGGUGACUCAUAGCAAAGACUGGUUGUGAAACUAAUUGGUCUGGCGAUGAAAAUGCAUAUGAUUUGUCGGUGGUGCCAUAUACCAUAUGUAUGGCUUGGAAAUGGUAGACCUUGUUGAACAACGAAUAAAACAUGUUUUGAAAAGGAUAUAAAUAAUUGUGUUAUUUUCUGAGGUACUGCUGCAUUGGCUUUUAAGUGCACGCAAACCCUGUAGUGAAAGUGCUCACAAAUUAGAACUGUUUUCAAUGUCAGAAGUCUAUUAAAGCCUCACGUUUCUAGUUUAAAGAAGGCAGAUUGGAUGAUGUUUUCCGUAGUUUCCAUAAGCUGUUAAGCAGUGCUUUAA